AUGUAGAAUCUAAAGCCAAUCACUCCUAGACAAGAAAUUAAGCCAGUCAAAAUCAAUAUUACUACGUAUUACGCAUUACAAUAAACUCUCUAGUGAGUAAUUCCAAGCUUUAACUAAAAUGUAUAACUUUGGUAAAUUGUAAACAAAAAAUGCUGAGCGUGAACUUAUUUAAUAACAUUUGUAAAAUUAGCAUUAAAUAUCAAUCAAUAAUACUCCAAGGAACAAUAUACCAUAAUCUUGUAAAAGUUCAACAGAUGUAUAAAUGACUUAUUUAUAAGAUGAAAUAUUUCCUGUAUUAAAAAAAUAAUGGAAAAGAACAGGUCAAAAUCUAAAACAAUUCAUAAGUUUUAACAAAACCAAAAAACAGUUUACAUCGUAAUUUCUCUUAAUUAGAAAAAUCUGGUACUCCCAUUCUUUCUUCAAAAAUUCAACCCAUCUAAACUUCUUAACAUAAAUAAAAAAAAUAUAAUCCAUUAUCAAUUGAUUAAAAAUUUUCAUCAAAUUAAUAAUUUGUUUAAUAAUUAACACCUUAAAUUAAUAAAAAAGAUGUUCCACAAAAAAAAGACAAUUUAAAAGUAAGUUUAGAUGAUUUUGUUACUUAAAUUAAUAAACCUACCAAAGCUUUGAUAUCCCCUAUUAAAUAAACUAAAUCAUUAUCACCAUCAGGUAGAAUUCAAUCUUCCAAAUAGAGAAGUAUUUUAUAAUAAAAUUAGAAUAAAUAUAUUAUGUGACAUCUCUAAUUGAAACAUUCAAGCACUAAUAUCCUUAAACACUAGAAUAACAAUUAUUCAAAGACCAUGCUAUCUAAACUUAUAAUUGUAUUGGGUUUUGUUUAAAUUUAAAAGAUCCAGAUCCUUAAGUUUUAAGAUCAAAAGCAAUAGAUAUACCUCUUAAAUAAAAUUGUAAAUGUAAGAUGUUUAUAACAUUUAAAUAGUUUAAAAGACUGUUGUAUUUGAUUUAGAUGAAACCUUAAUUCAUUGCAAUGAAAACUAAUCUCUUAAAGCUGAUGUAUAUCUACAUAUAAAAUUCCCAACUGGAGAUAUUGUUUAAGCAGGGAUAAAUAUACGCCCUUAUGCUAAAUGGAUACUUAUCGAACUUAGCAAAGUAUGUGAAGUGAUUAUAUUUACUGCAUCUCAUUAAUGUUAUGCUAGUCAAGUAAUUUAGCAUUUAGACCCUAAUAAUGAAUUACUUUCAGCUUAAGUAUUUAGGGAUGGAUGUGUAUUAUCAUCUGAAGGAGUUCAUAUAAAGGAUUUAAGAAUUUUCAGACGAGAUUUAAAAGAUAUAGUUUUAGUAGACAAUGCUGCUUAUUCUUUUGGUUCACAUUUAGAAAAUGGCAUUCCAAUUAUUCCUUAUUAUGAUAAUUAAGAAGACAAAGAAUUAAAAUUAUUAUAUGAUUUUUUGAUUGAAUAAGUACUCCCAGCUCCAGAUUCCAGAUUAGUUCUUUAAUCAACAUUUAAAUUAAGAGAAUUUUCUAAAUUUAGAGAACCAAAAACAGCCAUAGAAAAACUAUAUUGA